AUGAUCAAGAUAGUUCAUCUUGUGGGCGGCCUUGAUACGUUCAGUGACGUAGACGCUCCCAUUAUCUACAGUGCCAAUUUUAUGCGCGCAGCUGCCAGAGGCUCGGCACCGCCCUUGCCGAUAACCAUGGCUUGGAAAGCCAGAGUACUUGAAAGCCUGUAUAGCCUCACUGCGACCGACGACGUCCUGCACGCUUCUUCAAUCGGCUUUCGCUUCUUCAACUCACCGUGGUCACAAGCAAUCCUUCCUAGUUUGCGAUCUAUCAUUAAGCUGUUCCGAAAAACCUCGCACUACAUGUGUAAUACUGGACCCGUGGAGGAAGCUCCUGUACUCAACGACUGGUUGGUCUACACAGCCCAACAGUUGUUGUUGAUCGCCCCAGUCUGCAUGCCCUCUAACUUGCAGGAGUGCCUGCGACUAUCAGUACUGCUCUUCGCUGCAGUCCAAGUCUGGGGCUUUCAGGGCUUGCUAUUCCUAAAUCAGCCCGUACUGGCUUUCCACUGCCGCUUGGAAACUGCGCUUCUCUCUAUCCAACGCAUGGCGCCCGAUUUAGCUUUCUGGAUGCUCUUCACCGGCGGCAUUGCAGCAAUGGGCCAUUAUAGUCGUGGAUGGUUCGUAGACCGCCUCGCCUCGGUCGCCGGCCAACUAUGCCUCACCACGUGGGACAGCGCGCGGACCUUGUUAGAACAGUUUCUCUUCUUCUCUCGGCCUACUGAUACCCGCGCUGAGAUACUCUGGAGGGAAGUAGAAAGGCAACAGGCUUUGUUGCCGGGUCCGUAA